CGAACGAAAGGGUCCAUGAUCAUGAUUAUGGAUGGGCCUUAACGUCGAUGGAGCCCCAUGGUCGGUUUACAAUGGUGUUUACGAGAUGAACGGGUUCGUGGAGGGUGCCACGUUCGAGAGUAUCGUGCAAUACGUGUUGAAGAACAUGAAGAUUACCCAAGCGCGCGCCGGCUACCUGGUAAUGGAGGUUCUGAAAGCGGGAGUCGCUCUAGGAAGGAUCAAGAAGACCCCGUAUGGCACUUACGUCCUGAUCAACGAUAAAUCUGCCGCCACGCCUAACAUCAAGGAACCGCGAUUCAGCGACGACAGCGACUACGACGUGUCGUCGGAAGGAAGCUCGUAACCCAACCUCUUCCUCUCAAAAAACCGAAAGCUACGUCUUAUUUUGUAUCAUUCUCUAUGUCUAUUAAAAUAUACCUUGAUUCGUCGAGUAA